AUGCGAGCGUGGGUGCUCCUUGCCGCGGUGCUCUGGUACCUCACAGGAGUUUCGUGGCCGCGUUUUUCCGAGCGCACUAAGAAAGGCUUCAUUUAUGGCAAGGUCACAGAGCCAGUAAAGAUAUAUGUAAAAUUACACCACAAUAGCCCAAUCCUUGUCUGUAUGGAUAUUCAACGUGCUAAAAAAGAAACAGUGGACCCCACCUACUUAUGGAUUGGGCCUAAUGAAAAAGCAUUAUCAGGAAAUAGUCUAAUAAACAUAACUAAAACGGGAAAGCUUAUGGUGAAAGAUUUCCGGGAGUCUCUGUCUGGACUUUACUCUUGUACUCUUUCUUAUAAGACAGUCAAAGCAGAAACCCAGGAAGAAAAGAUGUUAAAGCAAAGAUAUGACUUUAUGAUCUUUGCCUAUCGGGAACCUGAUUAUUCUUAUCAGAUGGCUGUACGUUUUACCACAAAGUCCUGUGUAGGAAGAUACAAUAACCUGCUCUUUAGAGUACUGAAGAGAAUCUUGGAUAAUUUGAUCUCUGAUUUGUCAUGCCAUGUCAUAGAACCGUCAUAUAAAUGCCAUAAUGUUAAAAUUCCAAAACAUGGACUUGUACAUGAGCUGUUUAUAGCUUUUCAAGUUAACCCUUUUGCGCCCGGGUGGAAAGGCACCUGCAAUGAUUCUCGUGACUGUGGAGAUACCACAAACCGCAAUAUCCUCCGGGCAAGAGAUCGGAUACAAGAAUUUUUCCGGAACCAAGCAGAUAUUUACGACCAUAACUUCAAUAAAACUCUACCGGCUAUGCAUUUCGUGGCCCACAGUUUUCAAGUAGUCCGCUUGGAUAGCUGUCGGCCAGGCUUUGGGAAAAAUGAAGGUCUGCAUAGUAACUGCGCUAGCUGUUGUGUGGUUUGUAGUCCUGGGACUUUUAGUCCUGAUGUUGACGUGACUUGCCAGACCUGUGUUUCCAUCCAUGUCUAUGGAGCUAAGUCUUGUGGAUAG